UGUGUUGUAACAACAUCCAAAUUAAACUCAUAGAGAGUAAAUACAAGUAUCAUUCAUUUUACUCUGUAUCUGUCUAGUUUCCUGAGACAUUAGGAACAAAUUUCUCAUUAUUUGUUGCUCAUCAAGAGCAAUUUUCAAUAUAUUGAGCAAUUAAUAUUUCUUUGAUUCCAAAGUGCCAUGGUAAAUUAUGGAACUACACAGAGAAUAUCCACCUCCUCAACACCACCAUCAACUGAUGCUGAUAACACUUAUGAACCAAAAGAACUUCGUGAAAAGUUCUACAGAAAUUUCAGAAUCUAUUGCCCCAUAAACAUUCCCUCAACUUCAGAAGCUGCAGGAGUCCGCAUCAUGAGAAACAUGGUGGAUUUUGGGUUAUACUACUCACUCUUUGUGUGGAUCAUACUCUUCAUAACCCUCAUUCCUUGCCGUAAGGUGUCCUUGAUUCUGUUGGUUAUCAUGACCUAUGUGACAACCCUUUACAUUUUGCUGUUAAGGGCAUUUCCCAAUUCUGUUGUGCUCCACAGAAUCAUAGAUAAAAGGGCUGUGAUGGCUUUGCUAGCAGUUGCAACUGCAGUACAGCUGAUUUUGACUGAGGCAGGUGUUCACCUUGCAGUGACUUUGGCUAGUAGUGUGCCUGUAGUUUUGGUUCAUGCUGUUUUGUGGGCUAGUUAUGACGCCUUUGUGAUUGAGGAUGCUUCUGGUUCUGGUAAAGGAGAACUUGCUCCUCUUGUUGGCCAUAAUGGAAGUGAUGCUGACAAUUAUUCUGAUGCUGUUUGAAAUUUUAGGGCCUUACUAUAUACAUAGUCCUUUCUUGGAGGAAAAAAUCAGUGAGAUCUUUAAAUAAUGCAUACAUGUGGUUGUUGUAAGAAUUUUGAGUAAUAUUGUAUGUCUUGAAUAAAACUAUAGGGACAAAAGGUUCAAUUCCAUUUUCUUUUUCCUAUUAUACUCCCUUUGUUUUUAAGGGUACUUGUUUUCUCUAACAUUUUGAUCAAUUACAUUGGUUUUUCAA